UAUUAUCGUAUAAAUGAAUAGGUGCAGUGAAUUCAGUCUUCUCAUGUCAUUAGUAAGAAAUUCAUAAUUCUCGAGAAACUGUAAUAUCAUCGAAUUACUACGUCAGUUUUUAAUUAUAUUUUACACUUUAUACCUGGGACCAUUUAAAACUAGAAUAACAUUGGCGAAAUGGCUACAAAUGACUUGAAGGAUUUUACUGUGCAAAAUAACGUUUUCAUAGGAAAAGUGUCGCCUUAUGUUAGUAACUAUAAGAGCCUUGCAGAGUUAAUAUGGAUUAAAAUGAAGAGUAAUGGAGAUAAAAUUGCACACUUGGACGCACGCACUGAGAAAGUAGUUACAUAUACGGAGCUACAAGACAAAGCCGUAAGAUGCGCAUUAUGGUUACAAAAACAAGGAAUAAAAUCAGACGAUGUUGUCAGUGUGUGCACAAAUAAUCAUCUUAAUUCCAUCGUGCCCUGCUUAGCGGCAAUUUAUGUCAACGCUAUUUUUAAUCCGUGGAACGAUGGCAUUGACUUACAAACCGCGCUGCAUAUCAUGCAACUGACUGCUCCAAAGAUAAUCUUUUGCAAUGAGAAAGCCGUGAACGUUAUUAUGAAAGUGAUAAAGGAGAGCAACCUCAACUCCAUUGUGGUAGUUUUCAGCAAUCAUUCAGACGCGAUCGCGUUUUCGGACAUUUUGAAAAUUCACAGCGAUGCGGAAGUGGCGAAUUUUCGAUUUGUCGAACACAACGAUAUCAAGAAAACAGCGUGCAUUUUGCACUCAUCAGGCACUACUGGAAUGCCAAAAGGUGUCGAAAUCUCCAAUUAUUGUCUAUUAUUUAUCGGCGAAGAUACAAAUAUAGAUUUGGCCAAUGCGGUGGCAAUGUGGUUCUCGUCACUUUAUUGGAUCAGCGGAAUAAUGAUGAAUCUAAAAUCGAUCGUGCAGGGCGCCAAAGCGAUUAUUUAUCCGGAAUUUGAUGAAGAAAUGACGUGUACACUAAUUGAAAAAUAUAAGAUAACAGUGAUUUUUCUAAGCCCGAGCAUGAUCAAUCGAUUUCUUAAAACGGAUUAUUUAAGAAAGUAUUCAUUAUCAACUUUAAAAAUCAUAAAUAGUGGUGGCGCGGUAAUCGAUCCAAAAGUUCAAGAAGAAAUAAAACGUAUCUUACCGCAUGUUCAAAUGUUGCAAGGUUAUGGAAUGACAGAAGUCUGUGGAUUCGUUACAUUUCAGCUCCCACAUCACAAAGCUGGAUCUUGCGGGACUGUAGUCCAGAAUGCGAAAAUAAAGAUCGUAGACCCAGAAACCGGAAAGAUUCUUGGUCCAAAUAAUCCAGGAGAAUUGUGGAUGAAAACGGCAAUUAUAAUGAACGGCUACUACAGAAAUCUUGAAGAGACUAAAAACAUUAUUGAUGAAGAAGGAUGGCUACAUUCGGGUGACAUUGGUUAUUUUGACAAAGACGGAGAACUUUUUAUAAUUAAUAGGGAUAGGAAAUUUAUAAAAUAUAAAGGAUAUCAAAUUUCACCUGGAGAAAUUGAAAGAAUUAUAAGAACACACCCAGCUGUGAUGGAAGCUGCAGUAGUAGGAGUGCCUCAUCUAGUAGAUGGUGAACAUCCUGUUGGUUUUGUCACUAAAAUACCCGAUGCAAAGGUAACGGAGCAAGAAUUAAUAGAAUUGGUAUCGACUAACAUGAAGGAUCAAUACAAGCUUCGUGCUGGAGUGAUAUUUCUGGAUGCUCUCCCAUAUACAGGACAUAUAAUAAAAAAAGAAGAAUAUUUCAUAAAGCGCCAGUAAAUAUAAUCACAAGGAUAAAAAUCUUUGAAAAAACUUUUUAGACGACCAAACUGGGCAAAAACCCGUUAUUACAGUGUUCAUUUGAUAAGGAUCUAAACCAAAGGUCGAAACGUUAUGAGGAAAAUUUACUAAAUUAACAUGUUUUGCCCAGUUUGGUCGUCUAAAAAGUUUUUUUUAAAGAUUUUUAUCUUUGUAGGACAUAUUAUGCAAUUUAACAGUUUUUUUAACUAAAAUUUUUCUAAUUUUUUUGUUAAAAUAUUUCUAAAGACCAAAUGUGAUGAGCGAUUAUAUGGUUGACAAUAAUAUCAAAUGAGACAUAUAUAUUUUUUAUUUUAUAUUAUACUCUUUAAUCCAAAUAAGAUGUUAUUGUCAAUCAUAAAUCGCUCGUCACAUUGGUAUUUUUAAAUAAUUUGUUGCGUUACAAUAUAUA